AUGGAAGUAACGAUGGGUGAAGCCGCAGAUGCAAGAGGUACGAAGCGUCCAGGCGAGGAACAGGAUGCCCCUGAGCCUCCAAAACCCAAGCGUAUCAAGGUAGGGAAAACAUCAUUUGUUGUAUCUAGAAAGUCCUCCUCGAAUAUCAGCUCACCUUGGACAAUCAAGGCAUUAGAUCCCGACGUGGUGAACAAGAUCGCUGCGGGCGAGAUUAUUGUAGCACCGAUGCAUGCGUUGAAGGAAUUGAUCGAAAAUGCUGUUGACGCAGGCUCAACGUCCUUGGAGGUCCUGGUCAAGGAUGGCGGGCUGAAGUUGUUGCAAAUAACGGACAAUGGACAUGGAAUCGACCGUGAUGAUCUCCCGAUUCUAUGUGAGCGAUUCACGACCUCCAAGCUUAAGGAAUUUGAAGACCUGAGUUCUAUUGGAACGUACGGUUUCCGAGGCGAAGCGCUUGCGAGUAUCAGCCACAUCUCCCAUUUGACCGUGACGACCAAGACGGCAGGCUCCAGCUGUGCUUGGAGAGCACACUACGAUAGCGGAAGGUUGGUCCCAGCUAAACCUGGCCAGCCUGCUGCGCCCAAGGCUACCGCGGGACGAGGAGGAACCCAAAUCACAGUCGAAGAUCUUUUCUACAACGUUCCUACUCGACGACGAGCCUUCCGGUCCGCGAGCGAAGAAUAUGCGAAGAUCCUUGAUGUAGUGGGGAGAUAUGCGGUCCAUUGUGCAGGUGUCGCAUUCUCGUGCCGCAAACAUGGUGAUUCUGGGGUGAGCAUCUCCACACCUUCAAGCGCUUCGACGACAGACCGGAUUCGCCAGAUUCAUGGGAGCGCCGUCGCCAACGAAUUGGUCGAGUUCAAGGUCGCCGAUGACAAGCUGGGGUUCCAAGCCUCCGGUCUUGCUACAAACGCAAAUUAUCAUGUCAAAAAGACGACUAUUCUUCUAUUCAUCAAUCAUCGUGCCGUUGAGUCUACUGCUAUCAAAAGAGCGGUGGAACAGACAUACUCUACCUUCCUGCCCAAGGGUGGCCAUCCUUUCGUCUACCUCGACCUCGAGAUCCAACCUAACCGAGUUGAUGUCAACGUGCAUCCGACAAAGAGGGAGGUCAACUUCCUAAACGAAGAUGAAAUCAUUGAGAUGGUGUGCGACGAGAUAAGAUCCAAACUUGCUCAAGUUGACUCAAGUCGCACUUUUCUCACACAGAGCCUUCUUCCUGGAAUGCAGACUAUCGAGACUUUACAACCAACCUCCAAGGAUGGCACGGCGGAUGGCAAAGUGGGUGGUACUCCAAAAACCCCUGCAGCCUCAAAGCGCCCAUACGAGAACAACUUGGUUCGUACGGACUCGAAAGUUCGAAAAAUCACGUCCAUGCUCACGCCGGCUGCGCUUGCAUCGCCGGCUGACCCGAACUUGGUGGGUGAGCCGGGCAUCGCACCCCCGGCUUUACAAAAUGACGGCCUCCAAUAUGAGACCACCGAUCGACAACCACUGCGGAUCGCGCUCACUUCAGUCAAGAACCUCCGCGCCGCUGUCAGGGCUGCCAUGCACAACACAUUGACUGAAACAUUCGGCUCACUCACAUACGUCGGCUUAGUUGACGAGCAACGCCGUCUCGCAGCAAUUCAAUCCGGCGUGAAGCUGUACCUGGUCGACUAUGGCCUUGCCUGCAACGAGUUCUUCUACCAAGUUGGACUCACCGACUUUGGUAAUUUCGGGAUCAUCAAGCUAGAACCUCCCCCAAAACUGGGGGACUUGCUUCAAAUCGCUGUCGACUUUGAAAAGGAGGAACUAGCGGAUGAAAAUAGCCCAGAAUCAGAAACCAUACUCGCCAGUGCGGCAGAGCAAAUAUCACAGACUCUGAUUGAACGUCGCGAGAUGCUGGAUGAGUACUUCUCAAUGAAGAUCAACGAAAAGGGCGAGUUAAUGAGCCUCCCACUAUUACUCAAGGGCUACGUCCCAUCGCUCGCCAAGUUGCCGCGCUUUCUUCUCCGUCUGGGCCCAUACGUGGAUUGGACAAACGAAGAAGAUUGUUUCCGCACGUUUCUCCGCGAAUUGGCUGCCUUUUAUACACCCGAACAACUCCCCGUCUCUCCUGUGCCUUCGGCCAAAGACUCCACAGAUGCCGCGAUCGCUCCGGAAAGUCAGCAAGGGAAUGACCAGCACAAUACAGAAGGCCAAGAGGUUCUUGGUGAAGAUCCAAGCAUUCAGGCGCGUCGUGCCCAGCUGAUGAGAAUGUUGGAGUAUGCUGUCUUCCCAGCCAUUCGAUCCCGUCUGGUCGCUACGACGCGGAUGCUCAAGGGCGUCGUUGAAGUUGCCGAUCUGAAGGGGCUUUAUAGGGUGUUUGAGCGUUGCUGA